CUUUUUAAUGAAAGAAAUCUCAAAGGGCUCGCAGCACAAAACCCACGUAUGUUUGGAUGCAAAACGCAAAUUAUGCUAACCUGUUUUUUUAACUUUUCUUUUGAACUGAAUACACCUAACAAUCUUCAAAUUGUGACAGUGCACAAUUCUUCACCGGAUUCGCACCGCCGGCCACUAUUUCCCCGUCUUGAGCUGAACAUUCCCUCGUCGGAAAACCCAGACCAGACCAACCAAAAAAGAAAAAAAAACUGAAAACUGGAAAUAGAAUCCAAUCUUAUUAAAUUGCUCUCUCAUCAAAACCCUGAUACCUCUAAAAUUCCCACUCUAAUGGAUUCCAUACACGAGCGUAAAAUGAACGAGCUUAAAGUUUCUAUCUUUGCAAAAGUAAACCCGAAUAGGAGGUCCAUUUCAAAUCUAUUCAAGACCCAAAUUAAACAAGGGUUGCAUGCAUGCUUCCCCAGUUUUACCAUUCCCUCUCACCCUCCUUACGCCUCUAUGAUCGAGCGGGCAAUUUCGGAGAUGAAUGAAGAAAAGGGAUCAACCAAGGAAGCAAUAUCAGCAUUUCUUAAAAGAGAGUACAAGAAUUUGCCAUGGGGGCAUGAGAGUUUUUUGAGUCAUCAUUUGAGGAAGCUUUGUGUGAAUAGGUAUAUAAAAUGUGUCAAUAACGGAAACUAUGUGCUUAUGGUUAAAGAUUGUAACGUUUCAGAGAUCACUGGAUCAACUAAGAAAAGGCAAGCUCGUAGAGGGAAGCGGGGUAGGAAGCAAGGCAGAGUGAAGAAGAUGGAGAAAAAGAGGAAACCAGUGAGGCAAGAAAUUGGAGUUGUUGAAGGAACAAAGGACUCAGAAAAGCAGCUAGUUGAAAUGGCUGAAAUAAAAAUUAAGGAAUCUGGGCAACCGGAUAAGUGUGAUAAAAGCCAAAGAAAUUGUACCUCCAAUUACACCAGCUAUAACUGUAUCAUGGCCAAGCUUAAAGACUUGGUGUUCAAAAAUCACGUUGCCACUAACCCCUCUAUAAGCAAUGUGCCCAAAUUUAAGUCCCACAUUGAGCAACGGCUACAAGAGCUCUUCCACAAUUUCUACACCCCAACUCAUCCACCAUAUGCCUAUAUGAUCCAAAAGGCAAUUCUGGAGUUGAAUCAGAAAGGGAGGUUAUGUGAGGAGGAAAUAUCAGCCUUUAUUAAAAGAAAGUUCAAGGAUUUGCCAUUUGGACAUGAGAGUUUCUUGCGUCAUCAUUUGGAGAAGAUUUGUAAGGAGAAUCUGGUGCAUGACAGUGAUGGACUAUAUGUGCUUGAAGUAAAAAGACAGAAUAUUGAAAUGUUUAAUCCUCAAAUAGGGCCUUGGUCUCAGGAGCCUCUACAUGCAACGGAGCUGAAGUAUCACAAUGAGCGGACAAUUAUUUUGCAAAGGGAUGGACAGGAGGUCCUAUUUAACAAGCAGGACGACCAUGGGGCUUUUUCUACCACAACAAAUUCUUUGGGCAGAAGUCAGAACUUGAACCAUAAUUAUUCUGCACCUUCAUUGAAGGACAUGUGUAUGGAAUCUGUUAUGAAGACGAGAGAAUUUGAGGAAAAGCCCUUAGGUUUCUCAGUUUUCUUGAAUGGAAUGGAGGAGUUAAAGUAUGAUAAUUGUGGGGAUAUGACUGACGCAAAAAGAAAGGACUCUGUGCAGAAGGAGAAACUCACGCAGACUCAGACUUCACGUGAAGAGAUGAAGUCCAACAUUGUGGUGAUUGAAGGACAAAAGCAGCUUCAGCAGCCGGAAGAAAAAGUGUGGGGAUUAUGUUCUGAUAGUGCAGGUGGAGGAGUGAACUCGAGAGUUGCUUGUAAAGGAUAUUACAUGCCUGUGGUGGAAGAGGGAAAGCAAUUGCAAAUAACAAGUCCUCCUGAGCAAAGGGAACUUAUUUGUGGUUUGUUAGCACAACAGCACCAUCUACCGAAGAUCUCUGGUAAAAAAAGGGCAGAAAAAUUACGUCAAGUUCAAUUGUCAACUUCUCCUGAAUUACGCAUAGAUACAGGGCUGCAUCUUCACCUUUCUAGUGUGAAUAUGAAGAAAAAUGCACCUGAAUCAUCUCAAGCAGAUCCUGUGCAUCAGUAUGAACAGCAGCCACCUAAGCGUCAACGCCGAGGAAGACUGCCUAAAAAAACCUGCGAUGAAAACAUGAUUACGAAGAGCAAGUCACCAGCAAAUGGUCAUGGUUGGAGUGAGCGACAAGAGCAACUGGAACGCAAAGGCAAUGCAAGGUGUCCAGGAUUAAAUUCAGUAGCAGAUACAACCCUGGCGUUAUCAUUAUGCUCAAAUGAUAAGCAGCAGCAACUGCCAAGGUCGAAAACAAGGCUGGCCUCGAAAAAGGACAUGAAAGCACCCAUGCAACUGGGUAUCAGGAGCAGCAGCCACAACAUGAAGGCCAAUAGAGGAUUCUUGUUUGAGUUAUAUCCAGAUACUGCUGCCCGGACUUAUUGA